AUGAGUGAAGCUGAAUCGUUUAUCGAUAGCAUGCUAUCGCAUCACCUAAUCGCUGUCGUCGUGUACAGCAGCAUACCAGCUUGUCAAGCAGUGCUGGAUAACAUAUCCUUACUGCAAAUACGCAGUAAAGAUCUCGUGAUACUUGACCUCGACGAAUUCGAUGGCGAAGAGGCCACUGAAUUGCGCCAGUAUCUCUACAAAAUCACUCAUAGAUACGACAUGCCCUUUGUAUUUUUUCGCGGUACUGACAUACCGAGCGUCUAUGGUGUUGAUAAAGGCGACUUCUAUUUCUCAGAGCUUCAACAGCAGCUUUACCGCAAUGGUAGGCAAUGA